AUGGCGCCUAAAAGCAAAUCAGUUAUCCAUAACGUCGAUGAUCUCUCCGAUUCUCCUGGCCACGAAGAAUGGCAACUAUUGGAAGAAUCCGAAUCAUCCGAAUCAGAAAUCGAAGAUCAAGACGUUAUAUCUAAACACGAUUUAGCAACAGCACCUUUAAUGACGCGUGAGGCACAUUUGCUUACUGUACAGAAUGGAGGUGUCGCGCAGUAUGGUGUCCUCGGAAGGAUACUGUCCAUCCAGGAUAAGGAUAAAACCGAAAACAUCAAUGACCAGCGCUUGUACCUAAAUACGAACGCGCCUUUCUCUGCGAUUGUGUGUGGAGUGCAGGGAUCAGGAAAGUCGCACACAGUUUCGGCUAUUUUGGAGAACAUGAUGAUAUCCAACUUUCCCGCUAUUGGCUCGCUGGCCAAACCUUUAUCUGGUUUGGUACUACACUACGGAGAGGGUGGAGUUAACUCUCUCCCCAAUGAAACAGCUUGGCUUUCAUCUUCCAUUUCAUCCUUUGUCAAGGGUCCACCAGUUGUGGUUUAUGUGUCGCGCUCCUCCUUGCAGACCAUGCGAACAGUUUACCGACCUCUGGGAGCAAAGAUUUUAGUGGAACCUCUUGUAUUUGAAAACUCGGAACUGGAUUCUGCAGCCAUCCUCUCUAUGAUGGCUGUUGGCUCUGUGGACUCUGCGCCAUUAUAUAUGCAAAUCAUAUUGUCAAUCCUGCGCGACCUUGGGGAGAACUUUACCUUUUCAUCGUUCUUACAAAAUCUUGAAAUACAUAAACAAAAGUUUAACCCAGCACAGCUCACAGGUUUAGAGCAACGGUUGUCAUUGCUCUCUGCGUUUUUAGCGGAUCCAAAUUUGACCACGUUCUCUAAGAAAAAAGCGCCAAUGACAACUCCCAAAGUCAAACCGUCUCGAUUUCAACCAGGUCAACUUACAAUCAUUGACUUGUCAGACCCAUUCUUGGACACUGCGUCGGCUUGCGGCUUAUUUGAGAUUCUCGUCCGUCUUUUUGUCCGAGCUAAUGUGGGGACUGGCAAAGUUCUAGUUGUCGAUGAAGCUCAUAAAUAUUUAUCUUCAGAAAGGUCAUCUACAGGACUAACAAAAUCUCUCCUGGGUCUGAUUCGACAGCAAAGACAUCUCGCAAUGCGAGUUAUUAUAAGUACCCAAGAGCCGACUGUUGUCCCACCGGUGCUCUUGGACCUGUGUUCUGUGGCCAUCCUCCAUCGAUUUUCGUCUCCUACCUGGUGGCAUCACUUAAUCCAGCAUGUCCCCACCGACUUCUCACACAGUGAUGCUUUUGACAAAGUCGUUAAGUUACAAACUGGCCAUGCGAUUGUCCUGGCACCAUCUGGAAUUGGUUUGUUUGAUCUGUCAAAGGAUGCAUCGAGGAAAGGGAAGGAGAAAGUUCCUGAACAAUUCACUGAAGAUGGGAUUGGUGCAAAGGUGUUAGCAAGAUUUGGACGUCGUUACCUUAUCGUCAAAACCAGAAAAAGGGUAACCGCAGAUGGCGGUGCAUCCAUUCUGGUCGUUGGCAAGCCAUAA